AUGGAAAUAUUACCGGCAGGAUAUUCUGAUUUUAGAAACAAAAAUUAUUGGAAUAGAUUCUUCAAUAUAUUAGAUAAGAAAAAUUUCGAAUGGUAUGGUAAUUAUGAAGAUAUAAAAAAUAUUAUUUAUGAAUGUAUAAGAAAUAGGUUUAAUUAUUCUAAUAAUAGUGAUGAAAAAGAUAAUUUAAGUUUGAAAAGAAUAAACAAAAAUUGCCUAUUGAUAAAUGCAGGUUGUGGUAACUCCAAUAUAAGUUAUGAAUUUUUUGAAGAUGGUUUUCAAAAUAUCAUAAAUUUAGAUUAUUCAGAAGUAGUUAUUGAAAAAAUGUGUAAAAAAUACGGAGAUAAAAUGAGAUUUAUAAAUAUUGAUAUGAGUGACACAGAAAGUUUUGAUAAAGUAUUGGAGAACUUAGAAGAAGAAAAAAUAAAAAAUAAGAAUGACUAUAAAAUAUUUUUUGAUAAAGCAUUUUUAGAUGCAUAUUUAUCUUGUGAAGAAAGUGAAGAAGAAGUGUGUAAAAAAAAUGCUAAAAAUUAUUUUUCACUUAUAUUUAAGUACUUAAAUAUUGGUGAUGUUUUUAUAAUCAUUACAUUAGCGCAGCACUAUAUAAUUAAGGAAGUUGUUAGAAAUAUUUAUAAUCAAUAUAUAAAAUUAGAAAUAAUUCCUUUUCUAAUUAAAAAAGAUACAAAUCAAUUUAAAUAUCAUCCUUAUGUUUUUGCAUUUUACAAAAGCAAUGAAAAGAAUGAUUAUACUGCAAAAUUUAUAAAUUUGCAAAAAAAUAUGAAGGUUGUAUCAAUAUGGAAAUUACCACAAGAAAUAAAACAGACACAAGAAAACUUAAAUCUUCAUAUUUUUAAAAAAGGAAAGAGAAUAAUUCUAGACAUUUUUAACCAAAAAAUAAACAAAUGCGAGUAUAAUAUAAUUAUCUAUGACUCAAAUAAUUUAGAUAUAAAAUAUAAUACAGUUCUUAUUGUAAUUCCAAUUGGAUAUGAAUUUCAUUCUUUAUAUUCAACAUCUGAAGGAAAUGAAGAAUUAGCAAAAAAAGCUCAAACCAAAAGAUUAUUGUUAGUUAUGAAAUCAAACUUUUUAGUAAAGGAAAACAAAGAAAUAGACGAAAAAGAGGAUAUAAAAAAAAAAAAUGAUAUAUACCAAAAUAAUGUUACAGAAAAUCCUAAUUUCCAGGAUGAUAAUAAAGUUAACAUGAAUAAUCUUAUAAAAUGCAACUCAGACAAAAAUACAAAUAUAGAUUCAAAUGAUCAUAUAAAAAUAAGCUCAGAUAAUAAUAAAAAUAUUCCUAGUAACAUUAGUCAAAGCAAAUGUUCUGAAAAUAGUAAAGUUUAUUCAGAUGCUAUGUUAAAUAAUAAUGUUCAUAAUGAAUUAUAUGAAGAUAGAAAUUCUAUUAAUAUACUAUUAGAUUCAAUCAAAAAUGAUCUUAAAAAUAUUUUAAAUGAUUUAGCUUUACCCAAUUCAAAUGAAUUUCCAAUUAUGGUUUUAAAUGAAAAUAUAAAAAAUUGCAAAAUUAUUAGUCAUGAAAAAUCGAAUUAUUCUACUAGUAUAAUAAUAAGAGAUAUACUAAUAACAGAUGAAUUUAUUUUGGAGAACUUUAAUGGAAAUAAAAAAAUUAAAAAAAAAAAAAAAAAAAAUUCAUUAGAUAAAAAAGAUGAUAUUAUUUUUUUAAUGGAGAAAAAUAAAAAAGAAAAAGAGAUUUAUUUUAAAAAUAAAGAAAUUUAUAAAAGGCAAAUGAUAUUUUCUUAUGAUCCCUUAACUGUUCAGUCAGAAUUAAUUUAUACAAAAAAAGAUGAUCAGCAGAUAAAUUUUGAAUAUAUUGAAUCAGCUAGUCAGUAUCAUAUAUAUUUUUGUUGUAGUUUUUUUUUUUUAAUAGAUCCUAAUUUUCUUAAGGAAAAUAAUUUUAUAAAUAUAUGCAUAUUAGGAGGAGGUACUAAUGUAUUAUCAAAUAUUAUCAAAGUGAUUUUUUGUGAUUUUUAUUUAUAUUUCGAUAUAAUAGAAAUAGAUGAAACAGUAAAAAAAUUCUAUCCUUUAUUUUCCAAUGAAACAAUAUCUAAUGAAAAACAUGUAACAAAUUAUAUUAUAAAUGAUUCUUAUGAAUAUAUAAGAAAUUCGAAUAAAACCCAAUUUUAUGAUAUUAUAUUUCUCGAUAUAAACAAUUCUCAAAAUUCUUAUUUAAAAAUAAAUGAUUGCGAAUUAUACAUUACAUGUCCCCACAUAAAAUUUUUGAAUAAAGAAAUCAUAGUAAGUAUUAAAAAUAUUAUGAAAGAAGAUGGUAUUUUAGUUAUCAAUUUACUAACAAGAGAUUACAAUGCUAAAAAAUAUAUAUAUAAUUUUUUUAAAAUUUUAUUUUCUUCUGUUACUGUUAUUUCUUCAAAUAAAAAGGAAAUUAAUGAAGUUUUAAUCUGUAAAAAAACAGAUAUAACAAAAGAAAAAAUUUCUUCUUUUAAAAGUAACUUAGUGGAAAUGAUAAAAAAUAAUUAUGAUAAAUGGUUUUUAAAUUUUGAUUUGGAAGAAUUUAUAAAAAAUAUUAAAAUUUUAUGA